ACUGUACAUAUUUCCUACCUGUGAUGACUUUUUGGAUAAAAUCACAGCUAGUUUAGAUUUGCAAAUAAAAAAUGUCGUAUAAUACUGAAAAAAUAAAUGGGACAAUUAGUUGUGUCAACCUGAAACGUGGCAAAACUUUCAACCCGUCACCUGUCCCUGAUAAUUUGAGUUCUGCUUCUCAAACUGUUCAGCAAUGCAUUUCUUCCUACCACUCAUCUAUACAGUGUUUCGUAAUUCAUGAUGAUCAAAGUUUUGAUAAAAAAUGCUCAUGUUUUCAUCUCUCAAGUUCAGACUUGCAUGAUAGUAAAAACGUAUCACAUAAGAAACAAUUAUAUAGUAAUGAAGAUGAAUUUCCGAAAAAUAACGAUCACCAAACUAAUUGUCAUGAUCUUUUGGGCUCUCCAUAUGAUUCUGUAACAGCGUCGUUUAAGUCACUACCGGGUAUACACGAACCUCUGAAGUGGGAGGAUGCUAUCGAAGUUCGUCAACUAAGUCCUGGGAGCAAAUGGUCGUUAGGACAACUCAGUUUAAUCAAAAGUCAACCAAAUCCAACUAUGUUUCUCCUGACAGAGUUUCUUCAGCUGCAAUUGGAUGAUGGUGAUUUAGAGCCUAUUUUCGGUUCAGCAUUUAUUUACGAUGUUCAUUCACGUCUUAAAGUUACAGAAACAUUCCAUUUCGAUACCAAUUCUACUAAGCUUAUGAACUUGUUCAACGGCAGUAUGACAAACCAACAGUUAGCUUAUCGUGAUGCCACCUCAUUAGCACAGAAUUGUCUGUUUAGAAUAAGUAGUCGAUACAAUUUUUCCAACGCAACGAGUCUGAAAAAUAUUAUUAUGAAACCUUUUCUGAAGUCACCGUCUGGAGGUUCGGUGGAAAAAAUUGGCGUACACUCGAAUAUUCCAACAAACGACUGUGAAUCAAACAAAAGCGAAGAUUUUUGCUUGGAAGACGUUUUACUAUUUGCUUCAGAAUGCACUGAAAAUCCCGCUUUUAAUUCCUGUAAAACAUCUUGUUGUAAAGGUGGAUUAUUUCUAAUUAUUCGAGUAGAGAAGGUAUUACAACAAGGUGAUGUGAAUGACAUCAUUGAAGGUUAUAACAAGGAUGAAAAGAAUAAAGAUAAACUUAAAACCACAAUAAACUGGUGUUGUCAACGUUUAGGACGUUAUCGUAUGCCUUUAGUUUGGACUGCUAUUGAUUUAACACCGUACAUGAUUGAUGCUCAUAAUCAAUUUCUUCAGACGCAAACUGAUGAAAUUCAUUGCACGAAAACAACAGAAUCCAUGCAUCUUAACAAACAAUAUUCUGAGUGUAAUAAACGAAAUCUACGUGGUAGUGGAGGUAGUACACGUAGUCGAUCAGUAGAUCCUGCUCUAUACAAUCGUACAGAAGAUAAUAAUGUUAAUCCUUGUGAUUCAUUAUCAUCGAAUAGUCCUGAACGUUAUGUAAAAAAAGCAAAAUAUGAUUGGAUAAAAGGAAUGGUGACUAGUCAUCAUGAAAAACGUUCUCAACAAAGUAUUUCCAAUGGUUCAAAAAUAAAUGGACAACUUGAUCCGAUUGGCUUUUCACCUAUAGAAUUAAAAAUUAAUACUUUCUUUAGACAAGAACAAGAUCGAAUAAAUGACGAUGAAUUAUUCCGUCAUGUUAAUGAAAUUCAUCGUCAAACACUAUUAAAUCAUCGAUCUAAUAUUUCAUCUGGUCUUGGAAUAAAUGGUAUUACAAUGAAUAAUCAUAUUGUCAAUAAUAAUAGUAAUAGUAAUAAUAACAGUAAUAACAACAAUAAUAAUAUGGAUAGUUCUAAUUUAACAUUCUCCAACUUCUCAAUAAAUCUUUCAUCUGCAUUUAGUCCUACUAGUGGUUCAGUGAAACGUUUUAAAACAAUAUCAAAUAUAUCAUUAAAUGUACGCUUACAUUGGGCAAAUUCAGCAAGUCUUGUUAAAUUGUUAAAAUCAACCAAUGUUAGUAUGGAAAAAUGUUCAAUUUCUGGUGGAAAAAAUGAAUUAAUUAAUCAGUCUAGAAUUUUACUCAAUCCUGAAUGUCUUCCUUAUACGGGUUCAAUUUUUCAAGCAUAUAAUGAUUUUUUAGUUAAUAAAAUUGAUAAUAAUUCGUCAAUUAUUGGAAAUAUUCCAAAUUUGAUUCGUGAAGUGCUUGAAUUGCCUUCACCAGAUCUAAUGAUUCCUUUUACUUCUUAUCGAAAUCUUUUAUAUAUCUAUCCACGAAGUGUUAGUCUUCCACCUUCAAAACAAGCUUCUUCUCGGAAUAUUACUGUUCGUGUACAGUUGAUGUAUAGUGAUUCUACUGUGACUAAAGUGAUUCCAGCUAUAUAUGGCAAAAGUAAUUCACCCAGGUUUGUAAGUGAUGCAUUCACUACAGUCCUAUAUCAUAACAGAUCACCCGAAUUUUUUGAUGAAAUCAAAAUUCAGUUACCGGCAAAAUUAGAAGAAACACAUUAUCUGUUAUUUACAUUUUAUCAUGUAAUUUGUCAAACGAAGAAACUGGAAUCAUCUACGUCUUUAGAAACUGUAAUUGGUUAUUCUUGGCUACCUCUACUAGAACAAGGAUGUUUAAAAGAUCGUGAUGUCAAUUUGUUAGUCAGUGUAGAAAAACCAUCUUCAUCUUUGGCAAUGGUUAAACCGGACAUAAAAUCUAUCUCAGAGAAGUUUUGUAUGGACGCUUGCAAAUGGGUUGAUGCUCAUCGUGAACUAUUCAAUGUUUCUAUAACUGUUGUCUCGAGCGUUUACAUGCAAGAUGCUUCUUUGGAAUGUCUUUUAGCAGCUUUUCAUAUGAAUCGAAUUGAUUCCACCAUUGAAAGUUUUGGUAAUCGAUCUGCUGUUCGACAACUAUUUUCAAAUAUUCAUAAAGCAAAUCUUCAUCAGUUGACAGCAUUUUUCCUUCCACUCCUUGAUGGUUUUCUUCGAUUAUUAUUCAGUUGUAUAACAAAUACUAUUUCACUCAAAAUGACUGGUACCGAAUGGAAUAAAUCUAAUAUUGCUAAUAAUUAUAAUAGUAAUUUUGAGAUGAAUCGACCUUGUUUAAUUGCAUUGGAAUUACUUAUUGUAUUUUUAAAUCGUAUUACCCGAAGUUUUCCUCAUUUGAAUGAUAGACAUGGAAGAAAUCAACUACUAGUUUCAUAUUUAACUGGUCCACAUUUUUUAACUAAUGAAACAGUUUUAGAUCAUUAUUUCUCUGGACAUCCGUUAUUUGGAUUACCGGUAGUUUCAGAUUUGGUAAAUGCUGGACAGAUCGAUAAAAGCCUUUUAGCCAAUAUCAUUUUAACUGAACUUAUACGAAUCUAUUUGUUCAGAACUAAACUUAUUGAUUCUCAAAGUAGUCAAACCUUUUUCCCUGCACUAUGGUUUCUUUUGGAAUUAUUUAUUCAUUUAUUAGCACAAGAUUGGCACUUGACAAUGGAAACUAAUGAAGUGAACAAUAUUUUACCAUUACGUGAAAAUCCUUGUUUUUUGGAAGAUUUAAGUGCAUUUAAUUCAUGUCUAACAGAAUAUAUGAUUCGAUAUGUUUGUAGUCAACAUACUAAAAACUCUGAUGAUUUUGUUCAAUGGGAAUCAUAUCGAUUAAGCAAUCAAAUAUUCUCAUUUUUUCUUUAUGAUCUUCUCUGGUUCUUGCCAGUCGAGUAUAUUUUCAUUGAAAUAACAAAUUAUUGGAAUAAAAUUGAUCAACUACUUUCCGAUACAGAAUUGAAUCAAACUCUUAAUGAUAAAUUAUUAAAUUAUUUCAAAUUAGAUUUAUUACAAAUAAUCUGUUCACAUAAAGCAUUCUACUUGUUAAGUGAUCAUGAUGAUAGUGAUAAUAAUAAUAAUAAUAAUAAUAAUAAUAAUAAUAAUAAUACAAAUGAACAUGUGAAUUUGAGUAAUUUACUGCCAGCAACUUGUAAACAACUACUUCAAACUUAUGAACAAUUAUUCUCAUCUGAAAGAAAUCAUUCAAUCAAAUCGGACAAAAAAUCAAAAUGUAUUCCAUUGGCUACAAUUGAACCAGAAUUCUAUGGAACUGAAGAGAAUUUUCAUCAUCACCUUAACGGUGAUAAGGUGGAUCAUAAGAAAAAUUUUAGCGAAAUUAAUGUCAAUGUCACAAAUAAACAUUUUCUCAUUUCAUUGGUCAUUUGUGAAUUGAUCACUGCCUUAAAAUCUGAAAACUCGGAUCUACAAAGUCGUGGUGUUAAUGUUCUUUGGAAUAUUCUCUUAAAUAAUGAAUUGGAUUUAGAACAAGAGACAUCAGGAGAAGAUCCAACGACUCGAUCAAUUUCUCACUUAUCUCAACUCACUUACUUUUAUUCUCCAAUACUCAAUAUCACGUGUGAUUUUUUGCCAUGCCUUGUUAAAACAUGGCAUUUAAACCGAUUUCGACCACAUUAUUCUGUUGAUACUGAAUCUAUUAAGGCUGCAAAAGCAGAUCAACCUGUUUCUAAUCCGCCAAAUGAUUCAUGUUCAACAGUUCGAGCUUCUGGAAGAAUGAGACGUAUAAGGCGAUACGCAAAGACUGCAAAAUUUAUGGAGUCUGUAUCUGAUGGGAAUUCAACUACUAAAGAACCGGAAAAAUCUCGUUCUCCAUUAAUUAAUGAAGAUUCAUAUGUUAACGUUAUGUUUGGUACCCAAUUGGAUGCAGUUAAACCUAUGAAAUUCAGUACAAUGAAGCGAUUAUUGUUAAUUAUUGUAUGGAUUCUUAAAUAUAUGCCAGAAUCAUUGUAUCAUAAUUGGCUUCAACAAGCUAACACUAAAGAACGAAAUCAACUAUUAUUAUUGAUUUACUUAAUUUUAGAUGUUUUCGAAACAAAUGUUUCUGAAGAUGAUUUGCCUCCUAAAAAUAGUUUCCCUCUUCGUGGUAUUAAAAAUCAUUCAGAACGUCAAAUAAUCGAGAACGAAUCAGUAAAUACCUCAGAUCAGAAUAUCUCUUCAAUGAAGCUAUCAAAUGGUUGCAAUUCUCCUAUUGAUCGAUCCCUCAAACACUCAUCACGUGAUCCAUCUAUCAAGUUGAAAUCUCCAUCAGUUGAUUACACUUUGUCAAGUUCAUAUUCUCAUCAAAAUAACACCACUUACUCAAGUCAACAAUAUUCUUCUCGUCCAAAUUUUUUAAAACUUAAGACUAAAUUUACAAGAUCCAAUAGUUUUUCACUGGGAUCAUAUUCAAAUGGAACAGAUUUUUCUAAUUCAAAUCAAGAUAUAAAUAUUCUACGAAAUAUUUUAGUUUCUAAUGAUGUUGUUAUGGUCUUAUGCAAUUCAUUGGAUUCAACAAUAGAUGGAUUAUGGCAGUUGGAUAGUGCACUUGGUCAACCUGGCUUAAGUUUAUUCACACUUUAUAAUUAUCCAUUGAAUUGUAUUCUACCUUAUAAUAAAUCGAAUUCAAUUCAUGGUGAAAGCAAUCCGUCUACAAAUCAAUGUCUUAUCAGUUGUAUCAUUCGUAUUAUUUUAUAUGCGCUUGGUUUAAAUCAAAGUGUAGUGAAUUAUCAACGUAUUCUAAUUUCUUUGAAACGUAUCAUAUCACGAUUUCCUAGCUUCCUGUUUGAAGAUAAUCCGGAAUUCUGUUCUGUUUCAUGUUAUCAUUUAUUACGAUUGUGUACAAUGAAACAACCAGCCGUUCGUGAUGAUGCCGUAGAUACAUUGUAUUUUUUAAUAAAAAAUUAUUACACAUUAACAAAAGGUUUAUCUUUUGUCAAAGUACACCUAUAUUUAACAUUUAGUUCAUUUUUUACAAAAUUGGUUAUUGGCAGUGGAAUAAUCAAAUCAAAUAAUUUAUUAAUGAAUAAAUAUUUCGAUAAUAAAAUGAAUACUGACAAUGUUCACGUCACUUUAUUGAUUAAAGCCUAUUUAACUGAUUCCCUUCAAUAUUUGAAACAUUUAACCUUGUCCGAUGUUGAUUUUAACUUACCGCCUAAAUUAAUGAAUAAUUGUAAUUAUGAAGAAACAGUGUUUAAUGCCGAAAAAUACAUAGAAUCAUUUAAUAUAACAUCUCCAUCAUCAUUGAAUAAUUAUGAUGAUGGCUAUAAUACAACUUCUGGGGUAACAACAACAACAACACCACCAUCGAUCACGACAACGACCACAACAGUGCCAGCCAUACCAUUUAUGUCAAAUAUACCAUAUUCAAAUUUUGCAUUACAAAUUAGUCAAUUAGUUGAUAAUUUAAAGUAUAUCUUAAAUGAUGCUAUGCAAUUACAAGAUACAAUUCAUUUGAUACAUAAACAACACCAAGAACAAUUGAAUGAAUAUCGUAAACAAACAGCCAAUGAAGAUACACUUUCAAUGAUUGAUCUACUACAUUCUAUAUCACAUAGAAAUCGUUCAUCACCGGAAUUACGUUUGUAUUGGAUUUUACAAAUUGCUGAAAAACAUUAUGAACUUUCUCAAUUUGCUGAAGCUUCUCAGUGCUUGGCACAUUGUACAGCUAUUGUCGCUGAACAUAUGAUUAAUCGAGGUUGUAGUCCAUCUGGGCUAUCAGCAGCUGGCUGUGCAGAUAUUGCUGAUGCUGUGCAAAAUUUAAAUAUACUUGAAGAAAGUUGUGCAUGUGGCUUUCCUAACACAAGUGUAUUCGAUAAUUUUAGUUGUUCUACACCGAUAAUUCUUCAAGAUUUAUCACCCCUUAUGUCUCUAGAUGUUUCUUGGCAUUUUACAUUACCUGGAUUUAUGGCGUUAAUAUCUUGGACAGCAGAAUCAUUUUCAAAAGCGGGAUUUUAUGAAAUAGUUCCAUGUUUGUAUUCUCGUCUUGUGACUCUGUUACAGUCAAGUAAUGAUUAUGGACGUCUAGCGGAAAUACAUGGGCGAAUAAGAGAUGCAUAUGCUGUACUGAGUAAAACUCAAAAUACUAAACGAAUGUUUAAUAGUUAUUUCCGUGUUGGUUUUCAUGGACGUAUAUUUGGUGAAUUAAACGGCAAAGAUUUCGUGUAUAAAGAAGCGCCAUUUACUAAAUUGGCUGAAAUCACUCACAGACUUCAAAUGUUUUAUGAAAAUAAAUUUGGUCAAGGCAAAAUAGUGAUUAUUAAAGAUUCAAAUAUUGUAGAUGACAAACAAUUGGAUAGUGAUAAAGGUUACCUUCAAAUCACGUUUGUGGAACCAUAUUUAGAAGAUUUUGAACUUCGAAGACGUACAACGGAAUUUCAUUGUAAUUAUGGUUUAAAGCGCUUCGUUCUUUCUCUACCGUUCACAAUUGAUGGACAGGCUCAUGGUAGCUUAAGUACACAAUACAAGCGUAAAUACAUCCUAACAACAUCUCGAUGUUUUCCGUAUAUGAAAACACGUUUAUUAGUUGUAUCCACUGAAUCUCAUACUCUGACUCCAAUUGAAGUGGCUUUAGAAGAUAUAACACAUCGAGUGGAACAAUUAAAUCGAGUUUUAACCACAGAACCGCCUGAUGUCAAAUAUUUACAAAUGUUAUUACAAGAAAAAAAGUAUUCAUUAACUGAACUUACUGAACAUAAUAUUAGUAGUGAUAGAGGACUAAGAGACAAGUGUGAUAUGAAUAAUUUAUAA